GACAGCAAACGAAAUGGCAUAUCGAGUGUGUGUGGUGUGUGUUUGUUAUUGUUAUUGUUGGAUGGAUUCUAGUUUCUCAACCAAAAACAAUGUCCAUCGUCGAAGAUUUAUCUAAAAAUUGUAGAUUGUGUAUGAAAGCUGGGAAGAAUGUUCGUUCCAUAUUCAGUGAAAGUCCGAGGAAAUUGACUGUACCGGAUAUUUCGAAAUUAAUUUACGAAUGUCUGAACAUUGAGGUAACCGUUAACGACUGCACGACCGGAUUAUGUCUGCGGUGUUAUAAACAGAUAAAGUCUAUCGGAAGUUUUCGUGAACGAUGUGCGAGGGCAAAUGAAUUAAUCCAGAAGCGAUGUAAACAAAGUGCGAAAACAGCAACCAUUCCGGAAAGAAAUGAACUGAACUUACAAACCGAAUGUGGGUCCAUUCCAUUCGUUGAUUUGGGUGCAGAACAUCCUGUUACGCAGUCAAAUUCGCUGUGGACGAAAGAUGAGAAUAAUUUUGGAGAGAUUAGCGAUUUUGAAAUGCCCUCGCCUGAUCCAUGCAAAGCUGAUGAACAAAUUGGUAGUCCAACGUCUGAAGGCAUUCAAGAUGAGGAGUCAGUUCCAACGGAAAGUGAAAUUAACGAGCAGGAGAACGAGUCUAGCAAAACAUUGCCUAAGCCUCGAUGCAAAAUGAAACAAAAAUUCACAAAGCAAACACAUAAAUGUCCAGACGACUGGCCCAAACUGAAGAAACGCGACCUAAUCGAAACCAAGGCCUACCGAGGUCUUUGCCAUCUUUGUGGGAAGGAAUAUCAACAUCUUUGGGUACAUUUACAGUCGCAUAGUGAUGCUCCGACUGAAACAUGUGAUAUCUGUGGCAAAGGAUUCCGAUCGAAAGCGAAUCUGUCGUUGCACAUUCUACUGCACAAGGAAGCCGAUAUGCCGUGUGAAGUGUGCGGAAAAAAAUAUCGAACCAAAAUGCGCUUGAAGCGACAUAUGAGAGUGCACACAAACCAUCGGCCGUUCUUUUGCAGUGUGUGCCAGAAACGAUUCUAUACAAAAUACAAUCUGGAAGUCCACGGUCGCAUCCAUAGCGGUGAGCGACCAUUUUUAUGCAGCGCAAAAAUGUGCAACGAACGAUUUGCCCAUAGUUACGCUUUGAAGCAUCAUGUGGAUAAAGUUCAUGGAGAAUCGUGCAAUUAAACCGUUCAUUUUAACUGAAUCGAA